AGCUGGCGGCGGACGUGCCAACAAUAUAGUCUAUAGUCUCCCGUCUUAGUAACUUUUAUGUUGUCAACACAACUUGAAAGAAGGCGGGUUUAACAGGAGGCUCUCCAGGUACGGGACGCAGGACACCUUAAAGCACGCUGCACGUCUCAUAAAGGAGCAGGAGGAGGACAUCGCGUGAGAUAAGGUGGAGAGACCCAGCGUGACACCAUGGCGUCCUCGUCUGAUAUACUGGAGGAGCAGUACGAGGCUCAGAUAUUUGGCUUCUCACCUUCUAUGUUCCUCGAGGGAGUGAAGGGGCUCAUACUUGAUCGUUUGUGUGAGGCAGUAGACCAACUCAAGGGCCAAUUAUCAAAGGUCCCUGAAGAGAUACUGCCACCUGAUGAAGUUGAGCAAGGUAUUAACACUCUUCGUCAUCAGACAGACAAGAACUUUACCAAGACAUUUCAGAAAUUUGAGUUACAUGUUUUAGACAGUGUGAUGAAGGUGCCCCAACAUAUUCUUCUGCCAACUGAUGUUGAGCAAGUAUCACAAUAUUCAGACACGGAUAUUAAAACUUUGAAAACGGAAAUUGAAGAAUUACAAGUGCAGUGUAAGAAUGAAAAAUAUAUGCAAGCAAAGUUGAAAGAGGAACUACAGGAUAUUUCUUUGGUCUUGAGGGAGCAGAAGAUGUUCCUUGAUAACACUAUAAAUGGUCCUAAAAUGACCAGAAUUGAAGAGGCAAAAGAGAAGUUACUCUACAACCGGAGCAUCUCGGAGGAGACCCAGAGUGUUGUUGCAAGGGUUCAGGAGGCUGCAGAAUAUCUUAAAAUGGAAGGUGGUACUAAAUCAGACCAGCUCCUGGUAACAGAGAUAAGUCAGUGAUUUUCCUAUCUUCAGAUUUUAGUUCUGGUUUUGAUUUUUUUUUGUAUUGUACUUGACUCUUUAUUGUAUUCAAUCAUAUUCACAAAAUUCGCCACAAAUAUGUAUAAUAUGUUAAAGGGUCCCGGUAGUACUGUCAGGUCUGUUCUCGACGCACAAUCGAAAAUUCCGGGUUCGAAUCCCGGGCGGGACAGAAAUUGUUGGGCACGUUUCCUUUCACCUAAUGCCUCUGUUCACCUGGCAGCAAGUAGGUACUAAAGAGUCGGCUUGUUGUGGGGUUGCAUCCUGGGCGGGGUCAGUAAUUCGACCCUGGGUGGGGGAGGGGGGGGGAGCUCAAUAAAAAUUUAUGAAUACACUGUGGCUUCCUGUCCCCUGACACAGUGAAUUAUAAUUAAAAAUAAUGCAGAGCUAUAAUUUCCAUUUUAAUGGCCUUGUAAUUGAAAAUGGCAUCGUUUAUAGUCUUGAUUUCCAGAUCGCUAAUUAAUGGGUUCUAUGUGUAUGAUAAAUUUUGUGAAUCUUUAUUGGCUUAUUGCAUCAUUGUAGUGCCUUCUGUAGACUUUUCAAAUAUCUUAUGUUCAAGACUUUUGUAAAGAAUUAGAAUUAUUUACUAUAGAAUUUCACACAUCUGUAUAUCCUUCAUAUGAAUCAGUUGUCAUUUGCUUGCAAUAAGAAAAAGGUAUUGAAAAAUUUGGUGUUUGAAAAAGUUUGAGAAUAUUCUGGUGCUGAUACAAGAUUUUUCAAGUAAAAUUGUCUACGAUGUAAAAUAAGAACUAGCUUGAUGCCAAAUAAAAUAAUGUAUUCAAA